AUGGGCCAGCAAUAUUCCCAUCCAAAGCCAGGCGCUCAACUCCAAGUAAUUGGCGCCGGCCUCUCUCGCACCGGAACAGCCUCAUUCAGCAGAGCCCUCGAAAUCUUACUCGACGGCCCUGUGUAUCACGGCGGCACACAAUCCACCCUCGGUCCAGAAGCCGAGAUCACGACUUGGAUCAAGGUUUUGAAUCAGUGGCCGCCAAAAGAUGAAGCCACGAGACGCGCCAACCUGGACCUCAUCAAGAGUCGCACCGAUGGCUUUGUUGGCAUCACAGAUUCACCAGGAUGCGGCCUCGUGUCGGAAUUGAUGACUCUCUACCCCGACGCCAAAGUAAUCUGUACCGUUCGCGAUGCAGACGCAUGGCAGCGAAGCAUGGAGGCCGUGGGCAACGCAGCGACGCAAUGGUUCCUUCGCUUCGUCCUGUUCCCACUACCAACGAUGCGCUUCUUCGUCGACUAUAUCGAUGCGCUGCGUCGACAGUGGCUGAUUAUGUAUGGUGAAAGGGAGCCGGUGACAAGCAAGGUCUACCACCAACAGAUUGCCUGGCUCAAGGAGAACGUACCACAAGACCGUCUUUUCUUUGUGGACGUCAAAGACGGCUGGGAGCCGCUGUGUAGAGCUUUGGACCUUCCUGUCCCCAAAGAUGUUCCCUUCCCUAGGAUCAACGACAGCAAGGCCAUAGAAGACAUCGCAAAGAAGCAGGUGAACAGAGGGUUGAUGCGGUGGCUGGGAAUCUUUGGUGUUGUUGGCGCGAGUGCUUGGGUUGUUUUGAGGUGA